AUGUCUGACAUGAACGAGGACAAUGGCAGCGUUCCUAUUAUUGCGAUUCCCUCCUUCAGUCACAUCGACACCAUCGGGUGGUUCAAUGAGGUGGAACAGAUGUUUCGACGUUGCAGAAUCGCGUCCCAGAUAGCCAAGUAUUUUGUUGUGGCGCUGCAUCUCCCGCCACUGGUGGCUGGUUUGGUGAUCCAUCUUCUUCGAGACGAGAAACCAGGUCCACAGCCCUACGACACACUCAAAGCAGCCAUUAUCGGAACAACCACGGGUUCAGCGCACAUGCGACUGCGAGAGCUGCUAUCCGGCAUGGAACUGGGCAAUCACACGCCGUCUCAGCUAUUUCAACAAAUGUUUCGUGUCGUCAAAACACCCAGGGACCAGGAUCCAUUGCUGCUUCGGGUGUGGGCGCAGCGCCUGCCGAUGGAAAUAAGCGAAGUUGUGCCAGUCGCUGGUCCUAACACGCCAAUCAAAAGACUGCUGACGAUGGCGGAUGAGAUUCACCAAUGGCUCACCAUCACGGGGAGAAAAGAGGAAGGCGCGUGUUGGCGAGGUCAGAUUGAAUUCAGUGGACCUGGCGUAGUAGAGAACACAUAG